AUGAAAUCAGUUACUCCUUCGUCAAAAUCCUCAUCUCCUUCCGUGUCUUCCUCGCUAAAUGCCGAAACGGAUCGCAAAUAUGCAGUGUACGGUAUUUUUCUCCUGCAUGGCAUAGGUAUGCUCAUGUCAUGGAAUAUGUUUAUCACUAUAGCACCCCAGUAUUAUGUGUCUUACUGGUUUACCGUAGACGGAAAUGUCACACACUAUGCAGAAAGCUUCAUGAGUGUUCUCGGUGUAACAUCGCAAAUCCCAAACGUCGGAAUUAUGUUCGUUAAUAUGGCGAUAGUAGUUGCGGGAUCACAGAUAAUACGAAUCUUUAUUCCUCUAAUCAUCAAUUGUUUGCUAGUCGUGGUUAUCAUAGCACUUGUCAUUUUUGUGCGACCAAACGAUGACGGUAAGUUGCUUGUUAGCGCAAAACUACUAAUGAUCGAAAACUAUCUAAAUGCAGUAAUUGCGCAAUGGUGUUCAUUCGGCACUCUGUUGCAUAACGAAUAA